GCAGUUGGUGGUGGCGGUGGCAGGGGCAGUGAGUCAAUCGCCUCAGCAGCUGCAGCAAAUGAUUCAUUAUUUGUGAAGUUAACAGCUCAGACCACUUAAUCUACAAGGACCAAUUUCUUACUGGAGGGAAUCGGUCCAAUAUGAAGGACGUGUCAUUCGUGGAUCGUCUCUUUGUCGGCUUGGCCAUGGCCUCUUUUGUUGUGGCCACAGAGGAGAGGCCCGAUUGCCCAAAGCUCUGUGUAUGUGAGAUUAGACCCUGGUUUUCUCCAAGUUCGGUGUACAUGGAGGCGCAGACAGUUGACUGUAAUGACUUGGGACUCUUUAGCCUACCGGAACAAUUACCGGUGGGCACACAAGUACUAUUACUGCAAACAAACAAUGUUGCCAAGAUUGACAGACCCUUGGAUUACCUGGCCAACAUCACAGAGAUUGAUUUAUCGCAAAACAACUUAUCCUCUAUCAGUGACGUCCACCUGGGGACUCUUCCUCAGCUGCUGUCCCUUCACAUGGAGGAAAAUUGGAUACGAGAGUUGCCUGAGCGAUGUCUUGCUGAGGUGGCUAACCUUCAGGAGCUCUACAUGAAUCACAACCUCAUCUCAUCCAUUUCCCCGAUGGCUUUCCAGGGUCUCAGCAAUCUUGCGCGGCUCCACCUCAAUUCUAACAGGCUGAAGGCCAUUAUAAGAGAGUGGUUCGACCCCAUGCCAAAUCUCGAGAUCCUGAUGAUAGGCGAGAAUCCUAUUCUUUCUAUUGAUGAUAUGAACUUCAAACCUCUCAGUAAUCUCCGCAGUCUUGUUCUCACUAGAAUGAACCUGUCUCAGCUUCCUGACGAUGCAUUGGCUGGUCUUGAUAACUUGGAGAGCAUCUCGUUCUAUGAUAAUAUUUUUCCUGAGGUGCCUCAUUCUGCCCUGAAAAAUGCAAAAAAUCUUAAGUUCUUGGACCUAAAUAAAAACCCAAUUGCGAGGAUACAGAGAGGGGACUUUGUGGAUAUGUUCCAUCUGAAAGAACUGGGGAUUAAUAGCAUGCCAGAGCUAGUUUCCAUCGACAGCUUUGCCCUCAAUAACCUUCCUGAGCUGACCAAAAUAGAAGCCACCAACAAUCCUAAACUCUCCUAUAUCCAUCCUAAUGCUUUCUACAAACUACCACGGCUGGAAACCCUAAUGCUAAAUAGCAAUGCGCUCAGUGCCCUCCACAGGAUUACUGUCGAGUCCCUCCCAAAUCUCAGAGAGGUUAGCAUGCACAGCAACCCCAUCCGCUGUGACUGCGUAGUCCGCUGGAUGAACAUGAACAAGACCAACCUUCGCUUCAUGGAGCCUGAUUCACUGUACUGUGUGGAGCCCCCGGAGUACGAAGGCCAGCAUGUCCGACAGGUGCACUUCAGGGAGAUGAUGGAGAUUUGUCUGCCACUCAUCUCUCCCGAAAGCAUGCCUGGGCAUAUUAAAGCACAGAAUGGGAGCUCAGUGUCACUCCAUUGUCGGGCCUUCGCUGAACCAGAGCCAGACAUCUACUGGAUCACCCCGUCUGGUACCAGGGUCCUGCCUAACACCGUGUCUGACAAGUUCUACAUGCACCCAGAGGGAACUUUUGACAUCUAUGAUAUAACAGAAAAUGAAGCUGGUGUUUACACUUGUGUUGCCCAUAAUCUGGUUGGAGCUGAUCUUAAAUCUGUUUCAGUAGAGGUGAAUGGAUAUUUUCCCCAACCUGCAAAUGGGUCUCUGAAUGUCAUGAUCAAAUCAGUGGAGACAAACUCCAUCCUGGUUUCGUGGAAGGCCAGCCGUGGCACCCUGGCUCCCAACAUUAAAUGGUACACAGGGUCAGAUGCUAACCAUCCCACCACGGCGUUUACCACCAGAGUUCCCUCUGACGUCCAGGUCUACAACCUCACACAUCUCAGCCCCGCCACUCUGUACAAAGUCUGUGUGGAUGUCGGCAGCAUCCACUACAACCAUGACACCAAAUGUGUCAAUGUCACCACUAAGGGAUUAGAGCUGGCAGCCAAGGACAUAGAAAAAUGGGACGCAGCACUAAUCACCGUCUUCGGUGUGCUCUUGGCUGUGAUUUCAGUGGCAUGUCUGCUUAUUUAUGUGUCUCUGAGGAACCACCACCUUUAUGGGGAUAUAAGGAAAUGCGACUCCAAAGCUUCGCUGACACAAGUGGAAGCUACCGGUACGCACUCUCCUUUCUUUACAAAGCUGUGGGUUUCGGGUAAGGGACUGCCAAGUGGAGUCAAAGUGAAAGCCACAGUCAUAAAUGUAUCUGACAAUGCCUUUUAA